GACGACCCGCCCUGUGCACAGUCGACGCGAUAAGCAGCUAAUCUGUACCAGUCUGCCCUAACCGCCCGCGGGCUUGGGCCAGGACCGUCCUCGCUGGUCCAAAAUCUCGCGGCCAACCCCAGCGCUCUCCUGCACUGAACUCCUCCGCAUCCAAUCCUCCUCCGUUCCUGCACGAGUCGCUGAGCCUGUGCCCGCACACCAAGCCGCACGCGCGCCUUUUGCCCAGCAGCCUCUGCCCACGCCCGUGUUACGCGACAACGGCUGCGACCAAGCUUGUCACCGUCGUACAGUCUCAAGCGUUGCCGCGCAUAGUAGACCUGCAACCAAGCCCACACAAACCGUUGGAACGAGCGUCCAAUUCCCGAUGCCUUGAUCGCCUGGCCGCGACUCCAACCACCACCAAGUGCUUGCUGCGCAGACCUUUCAGCCCGCCAGGCCUCUUCUUGGAUAUCACAUGUCAUAGCAUUUACAAUGGCUCCCGCUCCCGCUCACUCAGAUGUCACCCCGCCGCUCGCCGACUAUUUUUUCAUAUCCGGGAUCGAGUCCUCGCAAGUAUAUGACGAACGCUCGCAACCGAAGCCAAGCAGCCUCAGCACCAUUCCCUCGCCGGGGCUGUCGUCGCCUCCGCCGCUCGAUGUAGACGAGACCAUUGAAGAAGACCGCGCUCUAGAGACCGACUCGAUCCGCCCAAAGUCCCAAGACGGCCUCUCCCUCAUCAAUGGCGACUCAUCCAGGCGGUCGUCCGGGCGCCUGAGUUCCGAGCAUCGCAAGUCUACCGGCACUAUCGUUGGGUCAGAACCCAAACCCACCGCCAGCAACCGAAGCAGCGUGACAAUCAAGGGCAUGCCGCUGGGAGUAUCAGGGCUUAGCGACCAAGAUUUCGAGAAUGCCCUGAGGAAGUUCGCCUCGGAACGCGACACUUUUCUCGAGGAAAUACAGUUCUCGGCAGGAAUUGCACAACAAAACAGGGCUACUCCAUCCAAACCAGCGCGACCACGGCCCCAGCGCAUACAACAACAGCAGGAAGAUGGUGUUGGAAAUCUCAGAUCUGGUGUGGGCAGCAUUCGGCGGCGCAUUUCCACCAUGCAGAGCAGCCUCAAGAGAACCUCGUCUGUGGCAACACGCCAAGCAUCGGUACGCACCUCGAAACGAAUGUCUGGCUACAAUUCAGUCAUCCCAGCCCCACAGCCCUUCAACCCGGAGCCGAACAUGCAUCCCCUGCUACGUCGUUACGAGCCCGUAUUACUGGAUCGCUACCCGCCCAAGAACAUGGUCGAGGAACUGAAGCGUCGGAAUCCCUUCCCGGAUUACGUGCCCAUGUUUGCUUUCCCCAACGAUGUUACGGUCGUUUCAGCAGACGAACGGCCAAAAACCGGCUGGCAUGGGUUUGCUAUGACGAAUUCAGACGGUUCAAAACUAUACGGCAUCUGCAUGAUAGUGUGGCAGCCGCUGAACGCUGAUGCGGCCGAAGGGCUGGAGCGACAAUGCGAAGAAUGGCGACGGCUGCACAUGAACCAAGAAGAGCGCGAACUAGCUAGCAGUCUAGGAGAGCGACUGGCACUGGAACGAGCAAAACUUUCGAGACUCUUAGCGAAGCUGCCCACAGUGGCAUCCGAAUCUGAAGACCGCGAAGCCCUCGAAGAUGAAAUCAGUGCAGUGGAAGAAAAGAUUGGCUUGAUGACAGAUUUACUGCGGCCCGUAAGGCAUGGCGCAGCUUCCAAAAUUGAGGGUCUCACAGACGGCGAAACUGGGCUUUGGAUUCCGCGAGCGUACGGAGUCAUGGGCCGAGAUGCAAGUCUGACACCGUUCUGGAAGGAAUGGCUCAAGGCUGUCGUCGUACCCAUGACGAAUGGCGUCGUACAGCGUGUGCCCCCUAGUUCACCACGAAUUGGCAUGUGGCAGCCCCUUGAGCGCUACGUCGUCAAUUUGUGCGCAGAGGCCCUCAGUCCGAUCAACUCUAUCACCCAAGUCGAAAUUGCGAUCCGCGAGCUUCGCCUCUAUGCCCGGAAAGAGGCCGUCAACGAGAUUCCUGGAUCCCGGAACAUUGACAUCUACGCUCUCUUCAGAUGCUUGUCCAUUCCCAACAUCGUUUCCCUGUUUGAGUAUGUUCUGGCCGAAUCCAAGAUCAUACUGCUCUCCUCACAUACCGCCAUGCUCCACCUGGCAAGUAUGGCGAUAGCCAAUCUGAUCUAUCCUUUUAAAUGGGCCGGUGUAUUCAUCCCCGUCCUACCCGCGCGUCUAGUUCAAACCAUCGAAGCACCUUGUCCAUAUAUUGUUGGCAUAGAGCGAAGAUAUGAGCCUGCUGAUUACCCCGAAGACGACUAUGUAUUAGUCGAUUUGGACAACGACAUGAUUGGCAGCAAUGGGGGGCAAGCUCCCCCGCUUCCACGACAGCAGCGGCGCAAACUCACAUCUUUACUGCAGCACUCUGCGCCACACCACACAAGAUACGGGGUGCCAACAGGGCCUCCGGCCUACGCCAUCGAGUCCUUCCCAUACGAUACCUUUUGCUCUGAGAAUCCGGGUAUUUUCUCGCAUCGGGCCUAUUCGCUAUCCGUGCACCAAUACAUUGGAAUGAACUCAACUUCAUUUGGAUCCGGUCCGCUGCCAUCUAACCCACGGCCCCUGAUCUACAACGCAUUCUUGCAAUCGAGCGUUUCAAGCCGAGGAAACGACAGACCAUCUACAGCAAGUACAGUAAAGACUAGUGGGCAUUCGCCUCCAUCACCAAGAAUAUCCCCGGUAUCGACGACCUUCCCUCCUCUGCCCAGCACGCCCAUCUCACGCAGUGACUCUGGCUAUGCUCUGCAGGCCAACUUGAGAGAUCUACGCGAGAAACGGUCAGGUCAUUUCGAAACUGCGUCUCGUCGAAGCUCAUCAUUUGGCUUCGAGCGGGUACCUCCAAAUUUGAGAAGACCUAGCCAGACCUUCCUUGGGCAUGCAUCUAGCGCCUCAACAUCAUCUUUGAGCCACGAGCUUCGUGCCCCAUCCUCGUACGCCCCAUCUGUAUACGCUCAAUCGACGUUGGCAGCAUCUACCAUCAUGCCUGGCUUGUCGAUGCAGCCAGUGAGAAACACCGAUACGACCCGGUGGCAAGAAGGGCACUGCUUGCAAUGGCGGUCAAUGGAACAGAAAGCAACCUGCUCUGUUUGUGAUGAAAAGUCGGACGAAGGUCUAUAUCGCUGUUCUGGCUGCAGUACGUACUCACACGCGCGAUGUGCAGACACGAUAAGCGUAGUAUGCCCCUCCGCUUUCCGUCCCGAUCAAGUUCGAGCGUCUUUUGUAAGAUGUUUUGCGAGCCUUCUGUAUACAUACCGGAGGUACAUGGGACCGGCCAGCAGUGACCAAAAGAAGUCUGGUUUGCUCUAUCAUUUCAAGAUGGAGGAGUUUGUCAAGAGCCUGCCACAUGAGAAUGUGCAGUACAUUCAGAUGCUCCAGCAAACUCAAGGCUUCAACGAGUUCAUCCAUGAACGUGAGAGCACGCGCUCAGACGACCCUUCCAUCAAACUCUUUGACGAAGUCAUCUUGUCCAAACGGAACCGCGGAAAGUCGUCAUUUUUUCACAAGUCAAAAGUUGAUUUCCUCUCCGACAAUAGCGAUCAUCUCUGGCGCACGGCCGCCGCUACCCCACCCAACUCACGAUUUCCGGGAGACUACCGUGAAGUCAUUACUCGCAUUCCCGCCAAGCUAGAUCCCUCUCUUAUGAAAGAACCGCGCGUCAUUCAAGGUGUCCCGCGCAUACCCAUGGCGAAAGCCCGACGGAAACCCAUACCUUCGAUGCUGGGUCCCAACGGCGUCAAACACCCGAUAACCCCUCCCUCAUGAUUCUCCCUUCCGCUACGACCGCACGAACGUAUCUAAUACCCACUCACUACGCCUCUCAUCUUUCUUUCCGACUCUUGUACACUAUCAUCAGCGACGGUGCCAUGGAGUCUACUUGGACGAUAACUCAGGCGAUCGGUUGCUGUUUGAAAUCAAUUGCUACGUCUGAAGCUAAAGACGUCUUGGUUUUGUGCAUCCCGAUUGCCUGCAUUCGUGUUUGGUUUCCGGCUUUUGGCCACUUUAUGUCUUGUUCUGUUUUGCUUUGGAUACCCCACCACGUUGCUCAGGGGCAGUGCUGGCACCUCAUUCUGAUGCGCACGGGAGUUUGUCUUGGCUGCUUUGCGUUGUCUUCUGUUCGACUCGCUUGUCCGUAUUCCUCGCACGGCUGCGGCGAAAAACGCUGUGAGAGCUUCCUGUAAAUUUUAGUGACUUUGUCCGAGUAGCCGGGCCCUAUGAAGCCUGGUUCGCGGAGGAAGAGGCUAGGGAUUGAGAAGAGAG